UUUCAUCGAUGUACAUUGAUGGGUACGUCAAAUCGAACACAUCCUUCAGAAAACUUCAACUGCUUUUUUCUAGAAGUGAUCUUGCUCCAUGCCAGCCAUAAACCCUUGUACAUCUCUACUGUGAUUACGAGCAUCAUAAAUGGUAUAGCAUUGGUGUUCGCCACCGUCGGAAACAGCAUCAUUUUAACAGUUGUACUCCGAACAACGGCCUUACAAACUUGUUCAAACCUUUUCCUUGGAAACCUGGUUUUAUCUGAUUUAUUGGUUGGGGCCAUGGUACAACCUCUUUUUAUUAUUUACAAAACAGGAGAAAUACUAGGAAAGUAUUCAUGUGUUGCGCAUGCAUUGUUUUCGACAUGCGCUUGGCUUUGUGCUGGAGUAUCUUUCCUGACAUUAACAGCUUUGAACUGUGAAAGACACAUUGCUAUCUUCGCCCCUCUAAGAUACAAAACAUUGGUUACAUCGCGGAGCGUCAUAAUAAUUUCUUUCUUCAUUUGGCUACUGUCGCUCUUAUUAGUUUCUUCGCGUUUCUACGGGUUCAGCAGUAUCGCCUUCUACGCAGUCGGUUGUACCAUCAUCGUCAUUAGUUUGAUAACAUUUCUCGUCAUUUCAGUCCGAAUUCAUCGCGUUGUUCAACGCCAUAGAAAGCAAAUCGCGGUUAGCCAUCCAAGCAAUCUAGGAAGUUGGCAAAGACAAGCACGCGAGGCGGGACACGCAAGAAAUGUAGCUUGGGUGACUUCAAUCUUCUUCGCUUGCUACUUGCCAACCUUGAUAAUAAUGAUAACCUACACUAUUGUUGGCUACACUGUCGAGUUAAAAACGGUUUAUCUUUGGUCUGACGCGCUGGUGUUUCUAAAUUCCUCUUUUAACCCUGCAAUUUACUGUUGGAGGAACAAAGGUAUUAGAAAAGCUGUCUUCAAAGUUCUUGAUCUGAAAAGGAAGGCUUCCAUACAACCUAACGAACAGGCUUCUCCAGAGUGUUCAAAAAGUGCGGGUUGCGUAAUAGACAGUGUCAGCGAUAAAAUACCUUCCGCCCGGUCAACUGACCAAUUGGGUAAAUAUAAUUAGAGACAGGAAUUAAAAGAAAAUUAGAAAAUGAAAUGACAUUGUACGUGACGUGUCAAGAAUAUGAUCCGCUGACGACAGAGAGAAAUAUACCUCACUGGUGAAUUAUUUGUUUCCAGGUUGUUCCAUUUUCUCCACGAAUCUUUCAAACACCCGCCAAAAUUUAAUACUCGGAGUACUAUUGACGUGGAUAUGUCAGGCAGAAAGAAGGACUUAGAAUGUUGAUCAAACACUCACUGAUUUGUUUACAGUUUUAUUUAUCCUCGCAAAGGAUGGAUCGUAAUACAAUUGGACUAAAUGCGAUUUCAAGACGCCAAUAUGGCGAAAUAUUGGCGGCGUACUCUCUUACUACAUGGCUGGCAGCGCCCGUGGGCAAGAGGAAACGAAUCAUCUGUUCUGAUUGGCAACCCGAGCUGGUAUGAGGGGCCCAUCUUGCCAACUCGAGAUUGCAUGUUCAGAUCCCGCUGGAAAAAAUUGCGGGGGAACAGACUUUAAAGUAAUUUUUAAUUUUUGGACAACGUCGGCUGUGGAGUCGCAAAAAGCGGUAGAAGACUGAAGUAGAGAAAACAUAAACGAUUUCACGAUUUUCUUGUUUUAAAAAAAGCGGAAAGUAGAAAAAAUUCAACUAUAAAGUUCUCGAAAUA